CCGCACCGACCUCACCUCCGCUUAACAACGCGUCAGUUGACAUUAUCACAACUUUUUCGACGCCUCUCGCCCAUUCAUGCGCGCCGCACAUCUCCUGGAUCGCGUCGGUUGCUAAGCUCUCGGUCAAGCAAGUACUUCCGCCCUGUUCCAGGCCAUCAUGCCACUGUUGGAUCAUCUACACUCCCAAAUUAAACACCAAGGAACGCAGGGAGGAAACUUCGACCUCCCUGACUCGAGCUACUUGCUAGGCUUCGAUGAGGAGAAGUUGAAAGCUUUACCUAUCAAAAGCUACAUCCGCCGCCUCUGGCUUCCCUUUGAGAGCGGUAAAGGGGACUUGCCAAAGUUGUACCUUGAACAUCACGCUAAAGAGCUUGCAAGCCAUGUAUCCGCUACCGUCAAGGAUAUUGCCGAUCAGCCUGAUGGGGUGAACAAUGAACUUGAACAUCCAAACUUCACGUACGAUGAGGAUCGUACAAGACCUUAUAAGUUCCUUGAGGAACAGGCGGAACACCUUCUCGUCACGCUUGACUAUGGCAACAUACUAUGGGGUGACCGGAAAUAUUGCACAGUCCCCCUUUGCAAUGCAAAGAUCGAGGCCGGGUACGAAACGCCCCCUAAGUGGCCGCAAGAUAGAGAUCGGAUCUUGCUGGCAGUCCGUCAGUGGCUAGCUGCUCAGCUGCAAGUUGCAAACCUCAAACCCCGUGAGAAACUCGUUCCUCAAGUAGUCAGUCCAGAAGAUCCUCAUCAGAGACGGGCAGAGUUAGCCGCUCUGAGUGCCAGUCUGACACGCGGCGCUCGUCCACACGUCUACGUGCCGGUUCAUCAUCAGCACAUGCUGGUCCAUUAUCAGCACCAUCAUCAGCACAUGGCGGUCCAUCAUCAGCACAUGGCGGUCCAUCAUCAGCACAUGCUGGUCCAUCAUCAGUAUGCAGCACUAGAGCUGCUACACCAGCCGCCAGCUCCGCUCGCAGAAGCGCUGUCAGCAUCUUUGCUGAGAGACGCAGUACAGGUGCUCGAUCGUCUUCGAAGAGGAAAUACAACGAGCAUACCUACUCGCGCAGACAGGGCAAGAGACCACGUGUUCAUGGAGGCGCCUCUGAAGCUGAAACCCUCACUCAUGUGCAGGUAGAGCUAAGUGUUGACGCGGACAGCGUGCGAACACCAGACCCAGCUGAUAGUACUACCACUGACCACGAUGACACACAUACGCCAACACU